AUGCAAGAAUCAUGUUUGCAGCAAAAUGUGAAGUCACUAAGUCCUCAAAAGUGUGAGGAUAGCAGUGAUUGGUCCAAGUGUACAAAUAUAUUUGCCCCAAAUAGUCUCAAGCAAAAAAGGUGAUGCAAUCAAAUAUUGAAAAAGUUUGUUGCAAUAUCUCCUUUAUUUUGGAUAUAAGUAUCUCCACUUAAGAAGAACUAAACAUAGGACCAAGACAAAUUUGAAAACGCCUUAUUGCAUAGUGAAAGAAAGAGAAAGCUAAGUACCCAUCGAUGUUGCGUUCCCAGUCUCGAAAACUUGGGUACGAGAUGCUUAUCGGAGAGUGCCUCACUUUCUUUAGACAGAAAACCAGAGCUCUUCUUGUACUAGUUUUGUUGCACAGUUUCAUGAUCAUUUGUUCUAACCACCCUUUUGCCACCCCACAAACCGAUGAAUCUCUAGUGCAUUCAUCCCUGGCCAAGAUGAGGUUCGAGGGGAACUUGUCUUUCAAUAAUAUGGAGUUUGCAGCAAGGGACUUCGGCAAUAGAUACCAUCUCAUGCCGUCUGCAGUUUUGCAUCCGAAAUCAGUUUCGGAUAUUCUGUCCGUUGUGAGGUACGUGUAUGACUUGGGCCUGAAUUCAGAGCUCACUGUUGCUGCACGGGGCCACGGCCACUCGCUGGAAGGCCAGGCACAGGUGCAUCAGGGCGUUGUGAUCAGCAUGGAGUCACUCCGUGUCCCCGAGAUGAGCUUCCACACCGGGAAACACCCCUAUGUUGAUGUUUCUGCUGGGGUACUGUGGAUAGAUAUCCUGCAUGAGAGCCUCAAACAAGGUCUAACACCAAGAUCGUGGACUGAUUAUCUCCAUCUCACUGUUGGUGGCACCUUGUCGAAUGCUGGAAUCAGCGGCCAGGCUUUCCGACACGGGCCACAGAUUAACAAUGUCUACCAACUCCAAGUUGUCACAGGUAGAGGAGAAGUAGCUACGUGUUCGGAAGAGCAAAACGCAGACCUCUUCCACGCCGUGCUAGGCGGUCUAGGACAGUUUGGCAUCAUCACCCAAGCAAGAAUUGCCUUAGAGCCUGCGCCGAAAAUGGUUAAAUGGAUAAGAGCACUGUAUUCAGAUUUCUCAACAUUCGCCCGUGACCAGGAGCAUCUGAUAUCUACGAAAAAAUCCUUGGACUACGUAGAAGGAUUCAUCAUCAUAAACAGAACCGGCUUGUUAAACAACUGGAGAUCGUCUUUCAAUCCCAAGGAUCCAGUUCAAGCAGACCAGUUCACCUCCGAUGGGAAGCUUCUGUUUUGCCUGGAAGUUGCAAAGUACUACAAUCCUCGAGAUUCGGACAACAUCAAUCAGGAUGUCGACACUCUCUUAUCAGAACUGAACUACAUACGAUCCACUCUCUUCCUGUCGGAGGUUUCCUAUGUCGACUUCCUUGACAGAGUACACGUGUCUGAAGUGAAACUCCGGGAAAAAGGCCUCUGGGAGGUACCACACCCAUGGCUGAACCUUCUUGUUCCCAGAAGCCGAAUUCAUGAGUUCGCCAGAGAAGUUUUCGGUAGCAUAGUAAAAGAUACGAGCAACGGCCCCGUCCUCAUCUACCCCGUCAACAAAGCAAGGUGGAAAUCUGGAACGUCCUUGGUCACACCCGAUGAGGACGUUUUCUACCUGAUCGCUUUCUUAUCUUCAGCAAUAGCAUCAUCGACAGGAAAGGAUGGCCUCGAGCAUAUUUUAUCACAAAACAAGAAAAUACUGAGUUUUAGCCAGAGACCUUACCUUGGGAUCAAACAGUACCUGCCACAUUACAGCACUGAAGAGGAGUGGGAAGCUCAUUUCGGUGCCCACUGGGAAGUUUUCUGCCGGAGAAAGUUGAGCUACGAUCCCCUGGCGAUCCUAGCUCCGGGACAGAGGAUAUUCCGGAGAGGAAUGGUGUCUGCGCUACAAAGACCAGAGGGUCGAGACAUCGCCUGAUGUCAAGAGCCAAGAAAAAUAGUAGAUAGAUAAAAUGCACAUACUUCUUUUAUUUUUGGACUUCCAGCAUCAGAUGUUCUAGAAUAGUAUCAAGGAAGUAUGGAGAAUAUGAGAUUUUA